GUGAAGCAAAGAACAAAUCAGCAAUGCCAAAGAAUUCUCUCCAUCUUGACCUGGAGAAGAGAGAUCUAAAUGGCAAUUUCCCCAAAACAACCACAAAAAUGCAGGGCUUUCCAGAUCUUGAAAAUUCAUCUCCUAAGCAUUUUGCAGAAAGGAAGAAAGAUUCAGUAUCCCCUGACAGCAUUAAAUCCAUCACUUCCCUCUCAUCUGAAGAUAAACAAGACAAGCUAGGAACUCUUUUUUUCUCCUUAGAGUACAACUUUGAGAGAAAAGCAUUUGUAGUGAACAUCAAAGAAGCUCGUGGGCUGCCAGCAAUGGAUGAACAGUCAAUGACUUCUGAUCCCUACAUCAAAAUGACAAUCCUGCCUGAGAAAAAGCACAAGGUGAAAACCAGAGUGCUGAGAAAAACCUUAGAUCCAGCUUUUGAUGAGACUUUCACAUUUUAUGGGAUCCCCUACAGCCAAAUUCAAGACUUAACACUUCACUUCAUGGUCUUGAGCUUCGACAGAUUUUCCAGAGAUGAUGUCAUUGGAGAAGUCCUCAUCCCUCUCGCUGGAAUUGAACUCUCGGAAGGAAGGCUACUAAUGGACAGAGAGAUCAUCAAAAGAAAUAAAUCAUCUGGUCGUGGAGAAUUACUGGUCUCUCUCUGUUAUCAAUCUACAACAAACACACUCACUGUCGUUGUUCUAAAAGCCAGGCAUCUACCUAAAUCUGAUGUGUCAGGAUUAUCAGACCCUUAUGUCAAAGUGAACCUGUACCAUGCCAAGAAGAGAAUUUCUAAAAAGAAAACUCACGUGAAGAAGUGCACCCCCAAUGCAGUGUUCAAUGAAUUGUUUGUUUUUGACAUUCCUUGUGAGGGCCUUGAUGAUAUCAGCAUUGAAUUUCUUGUUUUAGAUUCAGACAGGGGGUCAAGGAAUGAGGUCAUUGGCCGGUUAACCUUGGGAUCUUCAGCAGAAGGAACAGGUGGAGAGCACUGGAAAGAAAUUUGUGAAUAUCCUAGGAGACAAAUUGCCAAAUGGCAUAUGUUAUGUGAUGGUUAG